UCUCUCUCUCUCUUUGACAAACAAACAAACAAACAGGAUCUGAAAGUCUUGGUCCGCCAUUUGCUUUGGACUUUUAACUCUGGGAAGCCUCAGCCAGCAUGGGAUUCUGGGAGUUGUAGUCCAAAGCCGCUGGUCAGGUUUGAUAAUUUGUUUUGCGAAUCGAAGGAUUGGAUUUAAAAGGUCUCCGGGAUUGCAGGUGUUAGAAUCUGUAGCUUGUAAAAGAAGAAAAAUAAAUAGAAUUAUUAACUAGAUGGACCUUUCCUUUGAACUCACACAGUGGCGCCAGAGAGUGUCCGUGGGCACAUGGGAAGGGGUGAUCUUGUACUCGGGCCUCCAAACGUCUCAUGACAGUGCCUCUCAUCAAAAUUUCCUGCGGGAACUCAGGGGUGAGGGAAGUCGAGGAAAUGUUAUCCUGUGGAUUAGUGACUGGCUACAGAACAGAAAGCACAGGGCAAGAAGAAAUGGCUCUCAAAAGGGAGGGAUCGAAAACGUGUGGGUCCUUCAAGGCAAUUAGUUUUCUGUGAAGAUGUCAAAGGUUUGUGCCAUUUUUGGAGGAUCCCGUGGAAUUGGUCAAGCAGUUGCACAACUGCUAGCACAGAAAGGGUAUCAUUUGGCUGUUGUUGCAAGAAAUUUGGAAAGAGCUCAGACUACUGCCAUUAACCUGGGAGCAGGCCAUCUAGCCUUUAGUUGUGAUGUUUCCAGAGAAGAAGACAUCCAAAAUACUUUUAAAGAAAUAGAGAAGAGUUUAGGUCAUGUAAACUAUCUCGUUAAUGCUGCAGCUAUCAACAGGGAUGGCUUAUUGUUGCGAACUCAGCCAGAAGACAUGUUAUCCCAGCUUCAGACCAAUCUUGUGGGAACAAUGCUCACAUGCAAAGCUGCAUUGAAGAGCAUGGUUCAACAGCAAGGUGGUGCUAUUGUUAAUUUAGGGAGUAUUGUUGGAUUGAAGGGCAAUUCUGGGCAAAGCAUAUACAGUGCCAGCAAAGCAGGAUUAGUUGGAUUUUCAUGCUCUCUUGCCAAAGAAGUAGCAAGAAAGAACAUUCGAGUCAACAUGGUAGCUCCAGGCUUUAUUCAUACAGAUAUGACCUCACACUUGAAAGAAGAAGAACUGAAAAAGAAUAUUCCUCUUGGAAGAUUUGGGGAGCCUUCUGAAGUUGCCAAAGCUGUUGCAUUUCUUCUAGAAACUCCUUAUGUAACAGGACAUGUUCUAAUUAUAGAUGGAGGGUUGCAUCUUCUGACUUAAAAGCCAAAAACAUUAUUUUUGAAUUGUGGAUAAAUCUGCUCAAUAAUGGAAAGGCUCAAAAAGUGAACUGGCCAAUAUUUUAAAUGGAAGUAACACAAUUUGUAAAUGGUCUGAUUUUAAAUCGAAACUUUAAAUUACAUCCUUAUGUUGUUCUCUGGAUUUUGAGCUGGGGUGGGGCAAAAUGUGGCCUUUCGCAUGUUGUCGGGUUGGAAGUCCCAUUAGCCGUAGCCAGCCCAGCUGAUGAGGAGGUGUGCUGAAAAUGGAAACAACAAUCCAGCAAUACAAUAGCUGGAUCCAAAUAAAUAGAUUUCAAUAAAUAGAAUCAGAUAAUGUGAUUCCAAGUUUUC